GUUCAGAUAGCAGCAUAAGGGUUGUUUUAUUUGCACCUAACGCUGCACAUUUAAUCCAGCCUGCAUAUGCCCCUAAGAGAAGGCGAUGUGCUUUUUGAAUGACAGCAAGGAAAUGGGGCGUAAAAUUAAGGAAUCUUUCUGCAGUGGUGAAAAGGAGAAACGAUCUGCACUAUGUAAUCCGUGAGCUGAAAGCCUAAACAGGAAUAGGAUCUCAAAGCCCUUAGCUGUACUGAGUAAUUAGCUUUCUCAAUCUGGUGAGGACAUGGACAUGUAAAGAGUCGAUUUAAAAUAAUUAUUGAGGCUUUGUUGUAUAUUCCUAGCAGAGAUCACUGAAGAACAGCCUCAAACAACAAAGGGGUACUGAUUGCAUUAAUAGCACUAAUUUACCUCUAGGAAUAUUCGGAUGAAAUGGAUAUGACUAAACAGAUAGUUAGUAAUCGGGAAUCUGUCUCUUCUGGACAAAGUGGAGUUGAGGGGAUAUCAAAGAACUGCACCGAAAGUGACCAGAAUCCGCGACUUCGAGACAGCUGUCAGUCCCCGAAGGCAUUCGGGUCUGGAAUAGAAGAAAACACAACUUUUGUAUCUGGAAAUAAACCCAACGAACAGGAGAGGCCCAUGGCUGCAGUUGCGCUCGGUUGUACUGGUGGAAGCCCAGUUCAGGUGAACUCUGUUCUACAUCAGGAGGUAGAAACAAUGCCCCUGAGGGAUGCCACAAAUGCUGGGACUGGGGGGCAUUCCAAUGUGAUGGUGUCUAAAAUGGUGACCAUUCAAAAUGCAGAUAUGGGAGCUAAUUAUAGUGUUUUGAGAGACGAGGUGCAGCAGAACAACGCCAAAGUCGGCUGGGUGGCUAUGAGCCAAAGCACUGUGGUACUUGGCACAGAUGGCAACACUUGUGUUCUGCCCGGCAGUGUCAACGUGGAUGAAGAUGAAGGAGAUGAAAAUAAAGCCAGAGGAAACUGGUCCAAUAAGUUGGAUUUCAUCCUAUCCAUGGUGGGCUAUGCUGUCGGCUUGGGCAACGUAUGGAGGUUUCCUUACCUUGCUUUCCAAAAUGGAGGAGGUGCAUUUCUAAUCCCUUAUCUACUGAUGUUGAUGCUUGCUGGUAUCCCAAUUUUCUUCAUGGAAGUGUCGUUGGGACAGUUUGCUAGUCAAGGACCUGUUUCUGUGUGGAAGGCUGUUCCUGCAUUACAAGGUUGUGGAAUUGCCAUGCUGAUAAUCUCUGUCCUUAUAGCAAUAUACUACAAUAUAAUUCUGUGCUAUACGCUUUUUUACUUGUUCGCCUCGUUUGUAUCAGUACUGCCUUGGGCAUCAUGCAACAAUUACUGGAACACUCAAGACUGUAUUGACAAGGAUACAGUCUUUUUAGAUUCAUGUCUUAUCGGCAAAGCUCCCCAUGAAGUGAUCAAGAAUUCUAGCCAGUGUUUGUCGAAGUUCCCUAAUCAGACAGUGAUUGAGUAUGCUAGACAGCAAAAUAAAACCUUUGUCAGUGGAAGUGAAGAAUAUUUCAAGUACUUUGUCUUGAAGAUUUCUGCUGGCAUUGAGUAUCCUGGUGAAGUAAGGUGGCAGUUGGCCUUAACCCUUUUGCUGGCUUGGGUCAUUGUCUAUGCUUCCCUUGCAAAAGGUAUCAAGACUUCAGGAAAGGUGGUGUACUUCACUGCUACAUUCCCUUACGUAGUGCUCAUCAUUCUUCUAAUCCGAGGAGUGACGUUACCUGGUGCUGCUGAUGGAAUCUGGUACUUCAUUACUCCGAAAUGGGAGAAACUCAAUGAUGCCAAGGUGUGGAAAGACGCUGCAACUCAGAUUUUCUUCUCAUUGUCAGCUGCUUGGGGAGGCCUCAUUACUCUUUCUUCUUAUAACAAGUUUCACAAUAACGUUUACAGGGAUACAUUAAUCGUAACAUGCACAAACAGUGCCACCAGUAUCUUUGCGGGUUUUGUUAUCUUCUCUGUGAUUGGUUUUAUGGCGCAUGAACUCAAAGCACCAAUCAAUGAAGUUGCUGAUGAAGGUCCAGGAAUUGCAUUUGUUGUUUACCCUGAAGCUUUGACUAGGCUUCCCCUCUCUCCUCUGUGGGCCAUAUUAUUCUUCCUGAUGCUUCUGACCCUCGGACUGGACACCAUGUUUGCCACCAUUGAGACAAUAGUAACUUCCGUUGCUGAUGAAUUUCCGAAGUAUCUACGUACCCACAAAACAAUAUUUACUCUUGUCUGUUGCAUUGUCUUCUAUUUGAUGGGCUUCCCUAUGAUCACUCAGGGUGGAAUUUAUAUGUUGCAGCUGGUAGACACAUAUGCGGCUUCGUAUUCACUUGUCAUCAUUGCGAUUUUUGAAUUGGUUGGAAUGUCCUACAUAUAUGGAUUGCAAAGAUUUUGUGAAGACAUUGAAAUGAUGAUUGGAUUUCAGCCAAGCAAGUUUUGGAGAGUUUGUUGGGCUUUCAUUACCCCCACUAUUCUAACGUUUAUACUUUGCUUCAGCUUCUUCCAGUGGAAACCGAUGACCUAUGAAGAUUAUAAAUACCCGACGUGGUCUAUGGUUCUCGGGUGGUUAAUGCUGGCCUGCUCUGUCAUAUGGAUCCCAAUAAUGUUUGUCAUUAAAAUGCACUUGGCUCCUGGAAACUUCAUUGAGAGGCUGAAGCUGGUUUGCUCACCACAGCCAGACUGGGGUCCAUUUUUGGCUAAGCACCGUGGAGAACGUUACAAGAAUAUGAUUGACCCAUUGGGAACAUCUUCUCUAGGACUCAAACUACCACCCAAAGAUAUAGAGAUGGGAGCGCAUUGCUAGUAGCGUCUGGUUUCUGGAAACUGCAAAGGUUGCAUCAUCACCAUCAUUUGAAUCACUGUUUUGUUUGUCUCGAUAAAAACAAGCGAAUCUCGUGACAUAAUCAAUUUCCUGUGCAACAAGCAGAACCGCCCUUGUGUUAAUGUCACGAUCUGCAUUCAUAUCCAUGAUGAGUGUUGCUGUAGUCACAAAAAUAGCAUGUCACAGUAUCUUAGGAUAAAAGCCAUUUGCUGGGUAAUUGCUAAAGCAAACCAUAAUCUGCAGCUAAUUUCUGUAGAUGUUACCCAGACAGAAGUUUACUAAAUAUUACUGUAUAGAGUAUAAUUCCUUCUAGGCAACCUUUUGUCAAAGUACAUGUGGUAGUAGCCGGUUGUAUGCUAUCAAUGUCCAAAAGUAUACGGUUACCAUAGACUUUUAACUAAUGCUUUAAAUGUUUAUCUGUGCAUUAGUUAUUCUGAAUUUUGUGUAAUUAUUAGAACAGCAUUCAACCUUGCUGCACUUACAGGAGAAGAAAAAUGUAGUAUACUUAUUAUACUAAUAUAUAAAACGCUAAGAGCUGGACCCAAAUGUCUCAUUGCGCAUUUCGAAACAUAAUCAGAAUGCCAUAUAUGCAUUUUAGUCUGAUGCUUUGGGUGACUGAAGAUAUAUACGUUUACUUAGAUGUAAACACUAGUUGAAAUUGUGAAGUCAAGAGACGGGUACUAAAAUUUAAUUAUCUAGGCUAUGAAAAUGUCAGCUUUAAAACAGUUAUAUAAAAAAUAGCAGAAAAUGUAUGUGCAACUAAUUUUUACAAAACUCUUGACUCCAGCUGUCAGUUUAGUUUGUUUUAAUUUUUAUGUUUGAGUUUUAAAAUAUAUAUUUAUUUUUAACAAUAAUAAUUCCUUUUUCUAAAUGUAGAACACCUACAUUGUAGAUCCUCUAACUUUAUGGCACCAAAAACCCUUCUCAUCCCCAAGACUGUGACACUUUUCACUGGUCAUUUAAGCCUACUUAAGCUUUCUUACUAGCGUUCUAAUUCUGCAGUUUUCUUAAAACCAUGCUAUACUGCAUUAUUGUACUCUGUAUUCCCAUAGUAUUCCAAUUAUUUAUUUCUUUUGCCAUAAAAACAAAUUAUGAAUGUUUACAUUUAGUAGUGUCAUUGUUAGUAACACCAUACCAUUUGAUAUGGAUUGUUCUGCAUUGUAUAGAGUAAUGAAAAGCUGUCAAAUCCUGUUACAACAGUAUAGGAGGCAGCUGUAUCCCUGUUCCAUGGGGUACUUCUGGAGGACAUAUUCUCUUGUCAAUUAAGGUGAAGACCAAGUUUAUGCUGAGCCUUGACAUUACACAUUUUCAAGUGCUCAUUGUAUUUAAAGAAUUAAGACAACUUGUUCAUUACAAUUUCAUCUAAAAUACAAUUAUUCGUAAUAAUUGCAUUGCAAGCUCAUUUUUGAAAUUCUAUUAUUUUGUUUAGGUGGGUGGAAUGUACAACAAGGGGACAUUUUUACAGCAAUCUUGUAAAAUACAAAUACGAAAAUGGUUAAAGUACAUUGAUUAGUAAACUUAAUAAGUGUAGUGCAGGAAAACAUAAAAUCAGAAUAAACAAAGAAGGAAAACAAAUUCGAACAAUACUGGAGUUUGCAGUAUAAAUUAGUAUCAUAUCACACAGAACAAAGUACAUUCUGUAGCUUUCAUUUCUAGCUUUAUAGCCAAGGUGUUAUCUGAAUAAGACAUAGCUGAAAAAGUCUUAAUGGGGAAGGUUUGAGGAUAAGUGGGCAAUAGAGCAGAACUGAAGCGAGAUUACAGACUGGAGUUACAAUGGUAAUUGAUUAAGCUAAGGUGAAUUGUAGCUCCAUCCUUAGUAGGCUAUUGUUAUAAACAUUCCUGGAUGAAAGUAAGGCAAGUGCCUAGAAACAAGGUGAAGUUGUUUAAACAGAUGAUUGAGGCUUGCUUUCAGUGAGGCUAACAUGGGUUUAGAUGUGAUAUUUUGGAACAAAGGCAUUAGACUGGACAAGAUGUUAGCUGUGAAGCUUAACUGGUACUUCAGGGGACCCUUUCAAGUUGAGGAGUCUGGUCAUUUGUAAGCUCUAUGAUUAGGUGUAACAGUUUGAAUUAGGUACUGGUAUAGAUUCACGUACUCUUAUAACUCUAAGAUACAUUGUUAUUGUUGCAAUGCAUGGUUGCAUUGGCUAUAUGUUGAACUGGCAGACCCAACACCAUUCUGCAUAGUCCUUGUUUAUCUUACUAAAUAACAGCAACACUUUCUUUAUGUUGUCUGUUGUUUCUAAACUCUCUAAAUGGUACUUAUUUUUCAAAAGAUACUGACUUUCAAUGUAAGUGUGAAAAUGAGAAAAUAUGUCCCCCAUAUUAGACAUAUAUACCUUUAGUAUCAUUUUAUGACUAUACAAAUGCAAGCUUUUAGGAAAUUGUUCAGUGUUCAUGUACUGUGUACUAGUGUUGUUAAUGUCUCAAUUAGUAUAUUAUAUAAAAGUAGAAAUGGUAAAUGUAGAGCAGAUUAACCCAAACUUUCUUCCUGUUAAGGUAAAAACAAUAGCAUAGUUUAAUUUUGAGGACUGCCUAUUUAUUUAUUUUCAUUCUUUUAGUAUGUUGUUCUGUCUUUCUUACUGCAGGGUCUCAGGUAAAUCUUAAGUUCAGACGUAUGUUCCUUUAUAUAUUGUUUCAUUGGAUACUAUUGCUUUAGUUUUGCAUUUUGGUUAUUUAUUUAUAUUCUUUUGGACCAUAGUAACAUGAUACCAUUCAUGUGUCUGUGUAGCAUUAAAAUGUUCAGUCUGUGUAUUGCAUUACCGGAUGUUUCACGCACAGUCAAAACUUGUCUAGUUUGUAAGUCAAAAUGAAAAGCCAUAAUGGCCACUGAGGGCUGAUUUCCUGAUACUCUGAGUUUAACAAAGACAUUAUACUGUAAUGUACCAUAAUAUAUAGUAACAGAUGAAACAUUAGAUUAUCUAACUUACUAAGCUUUACUUAGGGGAAACAUAGUUUUCUAUUUCCCCUGUAAUAAUUUACAAAGUGUACAUUGACAGUGUCUGCAUGUUUCAUGAUCUCAAAGGGUUAUAUGUUUGGUAAAAGCCAUAGAUAUUCCUUGAGAGCAAAGCCGGACUGCAUAUUGGUAGAAUUUUAACAAGAAGACAUUCACAACAGGUCUUGAUCUCCAGCCAUGGUAUGUGGCUUUGAAAUGAAUGUUUUGGUCUCAUCACCUGCAGUACUUGUCAGGAGAACUUCUAAAACUCACAGGAUCAGUUCUAAUGGAUAGAGCCAUUUUUGUAGUUUCUGUGUGACUCAAAUGGUUAACAUUAAUUUGCGAAGAGAUAAGACAGAGCAGUCAGUAAUUUCCACUUAACGUUUCAGGGUGAAGAUCUCUUUAAAAAUGUUACUUAAGCCCUUUUGUCAUCUGUGUGAAAAGUAGACUCCUAUCAUCUUUCUGCUCACCAUUCUAUAAAUGAAGGAAAACAACCACUAGGUAAUAAUCUCAUGUGCAUACAGAUACCCCUCUCUCCCACUCACAUACAAUAACAAGGCCAUUUAAAUAAAAAGUACAGUGGUUUAUCUUGGCAGAGAGUGGUUAAAUAGUGGAGCAACAGCAGAAAGAUUAGUAGAGAAUUAUACUUUAGUUUAAAACAUAAUAAAAUUUUGUAUAAUUAAAAAUAUAUAAAAUAGUUGUUGAAAUAGGUAAGUUUCUAAAAUAUCAUUAACAUAUUUGUAAUCGUGAGUAAUCCACUGGGUACUUCAGGAUAGCAUAUGCAAUUUUGCUAAUUUACAUUAUCAGCUUCUUUAUGAUCAUAUCCCAAAGCAAUAAGUUAUUAUCAGGCAGAAAUGUUAGGUGGCCAGAAACAUGAUGGCUAUAGUUUGGAAAGCUAUUACUAAGGAGUAAAACUAAUUCAGUCAAGUUAUCUAGACUCAUGGCUCUAUUCCAGAUCAGCUUUAGUUAUCCAUACUCAUGGCUCUAUUCCAGAUCAACUUUAGUUAUCCGUACUUAUAGCUCUGUUCUAGAUCAGCUUUAGUUAUCCAUACUCAUGGCUCUGUUCCAGAUCAGCUUUGGUUAUCCAUACUCAUAGCUCUAUUCCAGAUCAGCGUUAGUUAUCCAUACUCAUGGCUCUAUUCUAGAUCAGUGUUAGUUAUCCAUACUCAUGGCUCUGUUCAAGAUCAGCUUUAGUUAUCCAUACUCAUGGCUGUAUUCCAGAACAGCUUUAGUUAUCUGUACUCAUAGUGCUGUUCUAGAUCAGCUUUAGUUAUCCAUACUCACGGCUCUAUUCCAGAUCAGAUUUAGUUAUCAUACUCAUAGCUCUUUUCUAGAUCAGCUUUAGUUAUCCAUACUCACAACUCUAUUCCAGAUCAGCUUUAGUUAUCCAUACUCAUAGCUCUGUUCUAGAUCAGCUUUAGUUAUCCCUACUCAUGGCUCUGUUACAGAUAGGCUUUAGUGCUAAAACAUAUGGCAUCAUGUUUAUCAUACUGCCGGGACUUCUGGAAAUAAUAACUUUAUGUCUGUGAAUUUCUCCAUUUAAGACAUUGGUUAGAUAUUGUUUGUAAAACAUAUUUGCUCACAAGAAUGUAAACAUUAUUUUUAUUAUUAUUGUUAUUGUUAUGCAAAACAAGAAACACAUUCACUUGUAUUAUGUGAACUGUAUCCAAUAAAGAGAAAAAUGACUACAUUAAGUGCAAUGGAGAAGAUGUGAUAAACCAAUGUUUACUAUCUUCAGCUUCACAAGAGAAUUUCUUACCACUCACGCAUGCAGACUCUUAUAACUAAAACAUAGUGUGUGAAAUGUAGCUCCUUUGUUUUGCUUUUCAUGCGAUUGAUGUUAUUCUUAGUACCAUGUAGAAACAAGCUUAUCUGUAGCAAUUUUUAUCAUUUUUGAAUCAGUAAAAAAGAAAUACACAUGAAAAGUAAUUUCAUAAUUACUGAUUCAGAAGUGUUCAAUGGAGGUAUUGCUAAAUAUCUGUCUUUUUUGUCAAUUUCUCUCUCAUUCAGCUGUUUUCUAGAAUUGGAGAAAUAGGAGAAUUUGAAAAACAGUUUAUAAUGUUGCUUCUUAUUAUCAACAUAUUUCUAUUUCAGUGCAUUUUCAGGUAGCCACUGGCCUUAGAGAUGCAUUCCUUAAGUAGAAAUGUUAGGAAUAAAUGUGAAACUAGAGUUAGCUUAUUGUUGUCUUUAUAUUUUGUGUAGUGUAUGCAGUGUCCUUCUGGCACUUUAUUGUGGACCUAUCAUGGUAUAGGUGAACUUUUAAUUACUUGUGCAAUGUCUCAUAUACAUAUAUAUAUAUAUGUUUAGUACAUUGUAAAUGGGGUACUGCUGCCUAUGGAUACAGACUUGUGCCUCAAUCAGGUCAUCGUAUUUCUCAUUAGAUAUACACAUGUGAAUGGAAUGUACAUGAGUACAUGACUCAUAUUAUAUAUAUACACGUGAAUGGAAUGUACAUGAGUACAUGACUCAUUUGAAAGAUUAUUUACUCUUGAGGCCCUACCUCAGAUUUUAUAUUUAUGUAUACAGAUAAAUUUAAUGUAUUAUAUAUAUAUGCCUAUAUUCUGAUGUUACAAAUAAUUUAUCAUAUAAUGUAGAAGUUAUAAGAAUCACUGAAUAAAUGUCAAUGUUUAAGUCA